AUGGCCUCCUCAUCCCGCCUCAGGGUCCUCACCCACUCCGCGUUCUACACCCAAGAACACCUCGCCCGCCCAGUGCAAAUCUACCGGUCAACCUCUUCCGACCCUUACAUCAACCUCUCCCUCGAACACCACCUCCUACAGAACUCUCACCCGGACUCAACCAUCCUCUUCAUCUACACCAACCGCCCGUGUAUCGUCAUCGGGCGGAAUCAGAAUCCCUGGCUGGAGGUGAAUCUAAGGGCGUUGCGGAGGGGUCUUUCUCCAGAAAAGGAGAAGAAACGGCGACCAAUCGCCCUCGUCCGCCGCAGAAGCGGAGGCGGAACAGUUUUCCACGACGAAGGCAACACCAACUACUCCGUGAUCUGUCCGCCACGGGUAUUCGACCGCGACCGCCAUGCCGAGAUGGUUGCACGUGCCCUGGGAUACCACACCAACAGCAGCAGUGGUAAGGGGUUAGGGAUCAAAAGGGUCCGGGUGAACGAACGGCAUGAUAUCGUUGUUGAUAUCGACGACUCACAGGCGAAUGGGGAUGGAGGGAAUAAGGAGGUCAAAACCUUCAAAAUCUCCGGCUCAGCAUACAAACUGACCCGCACCCGCUCGCUGCACCACGGUACUUGUCUCUUGCAGUCUCCCAAUCUCGCACAGGUGUCUGCCCUGCUGCGGUCCCCGGCAGAGGGGUUCAUCAAGGCGCGCGGGGUCGAGAGUGUGCGUAGUCCGAUUCGCAACGUGGGGGUUGCCGAAACCGAUUUUGUCGAUGCUGUUGUUGCUGAGUUCAAGGAGAUGUACUCUGGUGCCGAAACUGCUAGCGGACAAGGGGAAGGGGAAGGGGGAGAAGUAAUGAUCGUCACCGAGAAAGAAGCACUCGCCAUCCCCUCGGUAGUCGCCGGUGUGCGGGAACUGGCAUCCCCCGAGUGGAUCUUUGGCCAAACGCCGCAGUUUACUUUUUCCACGCGGCCGACCGAGGACGAUCCGCGGGAACGGCCGGACGUGUCGCGAUAUAACUUGCCUGAUAAUUUCCAAACCCACCUAACCCUCCGCCACGCCCUCAUCCAAUCCGCCACCCUCACCGGCCUCGCCCACCACGACUUCGCCCUCCCGGAUGACGAGGACCACCCCGACACCCUCCUCAGCCACGCCCUCCUCCACACCCCCCUGCACCACAUCUCCGACUGGCGCACCACCCUCCGCCAAGCAGCCGCCAGCAGCGAACUGAUAGACGGGGAUGUGAAUGUCGAUGUGGAGGUGGAAGAGGCGGGGGUGUUUUUGAAUGAGAUGUUUGGGGUUGUGCCUGUCACAAAAGGGGAAGGGGGUGAUGGGGACGAUGAGGAGGGGGGGUCGUUGGCGUUUAUGGUGGUGCAGGGGGUUACGGAUGGGGUGCUGGGGUUGGUGGGUGGGGUUUCGGAUGCGGUUGUUGGGGUGGCGGGUGUUGUGGAGGCUAUUACGAUUCUGUGA